ACUUCAUUUGUCAUAGAAAAUUAUUGGCAAGUUUAUAUUUACAAAUAUUGUACCUUAAGUGUAUUUUGUGUUGCAGCUCGCUUGUUCCUCAUAAUGUUCCUCUGGGAUUGGAUCACCGGUGUGCUGGGAUAUCUUGGUCUCUGGAAGAAGAGUGGAAAGCUUCUGUUUCUGGGUUUAGACAAUGCUGGAAAGACCACGUUGCUUCACAUGCUGAAAGAUGAUCGCAUGGCCCAGCAUGUACCUACACUCCAUCCAACAUCUGAAGAACUGAGCAUAGGACAAAUAAAAUUCACCACUUUUGAUCUGGGUGGUCAUCACCAAGCAAGGAGAGUGUGGAAGGACUAUUUUCCUGCAGUAGAUGCCAUAGUCUUCCUCAUAGAUGCAGCAGACAGAGGCAGAUUUGAAGAAUCAAAGGCUGAAUUGGAUUCACUUUUAACGGAUGACCAGCUCUCGAAUGUACCAAUUGUUAUCCUGGGCAAUAAAAUAGAUGUAGCUGGUGCUGCUUCUGAGGAUGAACUGAGGCACUACUUUGGUCUCUUUGGUCAGACAACAGGAAAGAACAAAAUUCCACGUAAUGAACUUCCAGGCCGCCCUCUUGAGCUUUUUAUGUGCUCGGUUCUGAAGCGGCAAGGAUAUGGUGAAGGUUUUCGCUGGAUUGCAAAUUAUAUAGAUUAGUUUUGUGCGAUUAGCCUGGACCAGGGUAUGGUGGUAGUGAAGUUAAAACACUAGUGUCUGUUAAGCAAAUUCUAUUCUGUCCAUCAAGUGGAAAAUUUUAAGCUUAACUCAGCACUUGGUGAUAUGGGAGACCUGAAAUUUUCAGUGUCUUACUCUCAUUGGAGUGUUAUAGACAAAAACGAAAGUGCUGCCAGAACUGAAAUAUUUGGCAUGUUCUUUUAUGAGCUUGCAAAUGCCAAGUUAUAUACUCCAUUAUGUGGUGGAAACUUGUAUAAUAGUGGAUUGUAGCUGGUCAGUGGAGACUCAAUUUUUGUAUGUGUAGUUUGCCAGCCCAGAUUCCCAACCUAACUGCCAUUCUGACCUUUACAUGAUCCAUUCCCAAGUUUUGUAAGUUUUGACAUUUAUUUUAUCUAUGAAAAGGGCGAUUAACAGUUGUGAAAAUAAAAAUUGAGAUUACUAUAACAUUUGUUUUUCAUUAGUCAGCUUUUCAGAUUUGAUUUACAAGCAUUAAUUAAAGAAGUUUAAAAGUUGUAGGUUGUACAAUGUAGCUCAUAGAUAUGAAUUUAUCCAAAGUUUUUCUUUAUACCCAUCAUUAAAUGAUUCAUUACUAAAACUGAAAAAAUUCUCCUAUUUGGAAGAAUGUCAGCCAUGUGCAUCCCUUUCAUUGUGAUGCAGGUAGUUAUAUUUUAGUGCUAGAUAAUUCGAGGGAGUUGUCCUCAGUUAUAAAGAAAAACCACCUUUAGGAGCCCUCAGCUGAACCAAACCUAAUUUAUAUUAAAAAGAUGCUUUAAAUCUGAAUGGGAAUUUAUUUAUAAUUUGAAAAUGUAUUCAUGACAUGCUAAACCCAUGGGGGUUACUCAGCAUUCUGUUAGUGUUAUGUUUAAGCUUCAUGUACAGCUUUUCUUUAGGGAUGAAGCUUGACAGCAUUGUGCUCCUCUUGGUUAAUGAUAGAUGUAAUUUUCACUAUUUCCAAGUUUCUGUUAAAAGUAAUCUUUAUACAAUAAAACACGUUAAAUUUAA